AAGUUCCUUAUAUCACUCUUCCCUUCUUGAAGGACCCUUCUCUUGGCCUUUACAGAACUCUCCUGGUUUUCCUCCUGCCCACUGCCCACUCCUUCUCUGCCUCCCUUUCCUGGUGUCUUCUCUGCUUGAUCAAACAUAUUGUGGGGCUUCAAUGCUCGGUCCUGGGACAGCUCCUUUCUUAUUUAUCUAUUCUCUUAUUAGGUAUCUCCAGCACAAUAGUUUUAAGUACCACUUAUAAGUUAUAACUUAUAACCUAUAAGUUAAUGCCUUCCAAGGGUAUUCAGUGAGUCCUAAUUUCUUUGAAUCUCAGACUUUAUAUCCACCUGCUUACUUGACAUCUUCGAUUAGAUAUCUAAGAAAUGUCUCAGAUUAGCCUGUACAAAUUAAAACAAAGCCAAAAGCAAAAAUCUCUCCAGUUCCCAUUUCACUUCUCCCAGUCCAAGUCUUUUCUUUCUUUCGUCUUCUCAGUAAAUGGCACUGCCAUUCACUGAUUGCUCAAGCUCCAAAUUUAGAUGUCAUACUUGAUUCUUCUUCCCCCCUCACUUUCCUACAAUCAGUUCAUAAAGAAAAGUCUCAUUGACUCUAUUUCUAAAAGCAUGUCCUUUAUGCAUCUACUUCUAUUCCCACUCUUAGCACACCUGCCCUCAGCUUUCUCCUGGGCCACCACAGUAACCUUUGAAGUGGUUUCCCUGCUUCCACUCUUGUCCCCUGUAGUCUGUCCAACACUCAUUUAUGUACAUGUUGAUUACUGCUGACCAACGGUGGGUCAGGGACUGACAUGUAGUGGGUACUGGGAUAUUCUCACGAAGAAGGCCAGGUGGUUUUGGGGCAUCUUCAGCCUGCAAGCCUCAUCCAGGGCCUGGGACUGGCCACCCUGCUUAGGCCUUUCUAAAGAAGCCCGGCCCAGCCAUACUAGGACAGUCGCAGAAUCAAUCUAGGGUGUUCUGUUCCUGCUUCUUUCAGACUGUUUCCCGCACCACUUCUCACUUUGCCCCUCUUGGUUUCCCAAGUUUCCAGGCUUUGACCCUCUUCCUUCCAUGACCGCUGAUGUUGACUCAGUUUGGACUCUCACUUGGCUUUUGCCUUGGCUGGUCUUGAGGACUUUCAUUCUGGUGCCCUUUCAUUGGCCCCAUCACAGGGUGAAGGUCGCUGAAUCUCUGCACCUUCCCUGGUCUCCACUGAGUGCGCCUCUCUACAGUAAGAAGGGCUAUUGGAUGUGCGCCUUAUACAGGAAGGAGCACAUCUUAACCACUGAGGGUCUCCAGGAUGAGUGUCAGUACCUCCUUCAGCCGCAGCUGAUUGUCCGGCGUUUACUGGACGUUGCUGUGCUGGUGCCUGGCCGUCCCUCAGAGCAAACCCUCUCCCCCCACAAUCGCUCAGCCCUAUACAAGGUCUUUGUGCCCAGCUUCACUUACAGGGUUUCAGCACAGUUGGUGUGUGUGGGGGGCCGAGGGGCAUCCGCCUGCCCCCUGACACUUCGCCUACGUCCCAAGGCCCCACCCCUGCACAACUCAAGCUCUGUGGCAUGUGGAGGUGCCUCGGUAUGCCAGCUGGAGCUAGCGCUGCCCCCCUGGGGGCGCUGGGUCUACGUGCGUGUGGAGACACCGUCCCGGGGCUCUGGCAGGACCAUCCGCUUCCAGCUGUGUGUGCGGUUGCAAGAGUGCCCGAAGCCCAACCUGUCUCGGGCCCUGGCCCCUGGAGCUGCCAUGAACAUGCCCCAGUCACUGGGCAACCAACCAUUGCCCCUAGAGCCGCCAUCCCUUGGUGCCCCCGUGGAAGGGCCUGGGGCCACAUCUCCACCUGAGCACUGCUGGCCAGUGCGCCCGACUCUGCGCAAUGAGCUGGACACCUUCUCCGUCCACUUCUACAUCUUCUUUGGCCCCAGUGUGGCCCUCCCCCCUGAGCGCCCUGCUGUGUUUGGCCUGAGGCUGCUGCCGGUGCUGGACAGUGGAGGUGUCCUUAGCCUGGAGCUCCAUCUCAAUGCGAGCUCCCUGCGCCAGGAAAAUGUGACCGUGUUUGGAUGCCUGACUCACGAGGUGCCUUUGAGCCUGGGGGAUGCAGCAGUGACUUGUUCCAAAGAGUCCCUUGCUGGCUUCCUCCUCUCAGUCAGCGCCGCGUCCAGAGUGGCCAGGCUGCGAAUCCCGUUCCCACAGACCGGGACGUGGUUCCUGACCCUCCGCUCCCUGUGCGGGGCCGGGCCUCGGUUUGUGCGGUGCCGGAACGCCACUGCCGAGGUGCGGCUGCGCACCUUCCUGUCCCCGUGUGUGGACGACUGCGGGCCCUACGGCCAGUGCAAGCUGCUGCGCACGCACAACUACCUGUACGCGGCCUGCGAGUGCAAGGCCGGGUGGCGGGGCUGGGGCUGCACCGACAGCGCGGAUGCGCUCACCUACGGGUUCCAGCUGCUGUCCACACUCCUGCUCUGCCUGAGCAACCUCAUGUUUUUGCCACCCGUGGUCCUGGCCAUUCGGAGCCGGUAUGUUCUGGAAGCUGCUGUCUACACCUUCACCAUGUUCUUCUCCACGUUCUAUCAUGCCUGUGACCAGCCAGGCAUUGUGGUUUUCUGCAUCAUGGACUACGAUGUGCUACAGUUUUGUGAUUUCCUGGGCUCCUUAAUGUCCGUGUGGGUCACUGUCAUUGCCAUGGCUCGUUUACAGCCUGUGGUCAAGCAGGUGCUGUAUUUGCUGGGGGCUAUGCUGCUGUCCAUGGCUCUGCAGCUUGACCGGCAUGGACUCUGGAACCUGCUUGGACCCAGUCUCUUCGCCCUGGGGAUCUUGGCUACAGCCUGGUACGCAGCGUCCGCCGCCGGCACUGCUAUCCACCCACAUGGCGCCGCUGGCUUUUCUACCUGUGCCCUGGCAGCCUUAUUGCAGGCAGUGCCAUCCUACUCUAUGCUUUUGUGGAGACACGAGACAACUACUUCUACAUUCACAGCAUUUGGCAUAUGCUCAUCGCUGGCAGUGUGGGCUUCUUGCUGCCCCCUCGUGCCAAGACUGACCACCGGGUUCCAUCUGGAGCUCGGGCCCGGGGCUGCGGCUACCAGCUGUGCAUCAAUGAGCAGGAGGAGCUGGGCCUUGUGGGCCCAGGAGGGGCCCCUGUCAGCAGUAUCUGUACCAGCUGAGAGAGGCUUUGAGUCUGGCCUUUGGAACAUGAACCGUUCCCAGGGCACAAAGAGCCCUUCCUGGGUUUUUCCAGGCAGUGCGUGCGGAGCUUUCCCAGGGAUGAGAGACAAGUUGUGUUUCUUGAGGACUUGGUGUCUUCCUUAACGUGGAACUCUUCCAGGGACCUGGCACACUUCCUGAAGAUUGGAGCCAUCCUGCAUCCAUUGAGUCUUUCAGGGCUGUAGCCUGUGCAGGGCCUCAGAGCCCCUAAGGACCAGCAGUCCCUCCUAGGGCGUGGAGCCCCUCCCAGGGAUACGGAGCCCUCCUGAGGACAUGGAUUCCUUCCUGGGGAGACAAAGCCCUCCCAGGACAUGGCAUCAUUCCUGAGGAAGUGGAGUCCAUUUUGGGGAAACGGAGUCGCCAGAUCUUCCAGCAGCUCAGCAACUCUGGCCUCAGGCCUCCUUCCCAGAAGCAGCAUCUGUGCUGGGCUGUGCUGGGAGGGGACAUGCAGGACAGAUGGGACUGGGACUAGGGCUGGUAUCUUGAGUUGAUGCAGGUGGAGUCUGGUGUGUCUCCAAUGAAGUAUUUGCUGGUUC